CAAAUUUUCCCACUUCUAAAUAUUUUUAAAAAAUAACUGUAAAUCGUAAAUGAAAACAUCAGUCAGCUAACUGUAAACGUAAUUAUGGAAACUGGAAAGUUUCUCUUUUCUCUUCUGAACACUAACCUAUUCUGUUCAGAAUACAUGUUUUGAUCAAUCAAUAUGGACGUUUCGUUUUUAAAGAUCAUUUUUGCCUUUAUGGCGUUUUCAAUCGUAAUUUUAAGUGUGCUAAUUAAUUUAAUUGAAUCUAAAUUACCGGUGUCUAUAGUGCAAACAUUCAGGUAUGGUAAAUUUUCAAGUGAAAAGAAACAUUUCUUGGUCAACUACUUGGAAGUACCAAAAAAUUGGUUCAAACAUUUCUAUGUAUUUGCUGCUGUGUGGUCGACACUUGGAUUUGUGUUAGUAAUAUUAGCUUUUGUAUUCAAAGUGCCUGUUCCUGAAUUCAUAACACAUUUUCUGGACACAGUAGCACUAAAGAAUCGACGAACGUCAUACAAUGCAACUGCGACUACUGUUGCCAUGUUCUGUAUGCUAAUCCAGUGUUGGAAGCGUUUUUAUGAAACACAUUAUCUAAGUAUUUUUUCAAAUUCAAAAAUUAACAUUUCACAUUACGCUAUUGGAUACAUACACUACUUUGGUUCUAUAGCCGCCAUAUUAGCUGAAGCACCAUCACCUUUCACCACACUUUCUGUUGAUCAUCAGUCCUACUUCUCAAUUAAUGAUAUAAACAUUAGACUGAUCAUUGGAAUUAUUAUGUUUUUGUGGGCUUUCCAACAACAAUAUUUGGCAAAUGUAAAUUUGGUCAAUUUGAGAACAAACAAAGAAGGAAAAGUCAUUACAUAUGAACACAAAAUUCCAACUGGUGGUUUAUUUGACAAAAUAUCUUGUCCUCAUUUGUUUUGUGAAAUGCUUAUGUAUAUGGCCAUAUACAUCAUGCUCUGGGGAAGUCAGAUUUGGCCAUACAUUUUUUUUUGGGUAUUGAGCAAUCAGUGCGAGUCUGCAAUGCUUAAUCAUUGGUGGUAUCAAUCAAAAUUCAAAAUGUACCCUAAAGAAAGAUAUGCUUUCAUUCCAUACAUAUUAUAAUUUGAAUUGUAGAACUAGCUAUUGUUAUUUUUUCAAACGGAAUACCCAAGAGGUUUAAGAAUUUAUACUUUUGUUAUUUAUUAUUUGAAUUAUUCUAGUUAGUAGUAAUAAUUUGUUUUUAUACACCCAUUUAUAUUAUUUAUACAACAAGAAAUUUAAAUUUGCAAUGACACUAACAUUGAUAUGUUUAUUAAAUACUGUCAAAUUUAGUCUUUUUUUUUCCAUUAGGAAUUUAUUUUAUGGUGCUACUAAUUGUACUGUUAUUAUUUAUGUUAUCUAUUGUUAUUGCUUAAAUUAGAAAUUCGUUCAAUAUUACUUUA